CAUGUCAGUACCUCGUGGAAUAUUGGAACAGCUGAAACAGCUGAUACCACCACUUAAUGGUACACUUCACAAGGGCCAAUCUGGCCGAGUCGGUGUCCUUGGCGGCGCUUUAGACUAUACCGGCGCCCCUUUUUUUGCAUCAAUCACAGCGCUGCGCUUUGGCGCUGAUUUAUCCCAUGUAAUAUGCUCGCCGACUGCGGCUGGAGCUAUCAAAUCGUACUCUCCAGAUCUGAUCGUGCAUCCAAUACUUUCCCCAGAUUCGACAACCGACCACAUCAAGUCUGAAUUGUCUUCCCUUCUCUCCCGUCUCCAUGUUCUAGUUAUCGGCCCUGGGCUCGGUCGAGAGUCAUACAUGCUCGACUAUGCAAAACUGGCACUCAACUUGGCACGCUCACAAGAGAUGUUUAUCGUGCUUGAUGCAGAUGCUCUAUUCAUGGUUGGUCAGGACAUCUCUUUGAUCAAGGGGUACCAUCGUGCCGUUGUCACGCCCAAUGUCGUCGAAUUCAAACGUCUCAGUGAGCAGGUCGGUGUGGAUCCAAAGACCCCUGCGGGAGAGCGGGCAGGCAUGGUAUCGCGUGAGCUUGGUGGAGUUACGGUAUUGCAGAAGGGAGCAAAAGAUAUCAUAUCUGUUGACACGACCGGUGACAAAGCCGGUGCUACCUCGAAUUCCAAAGAAACAGUGGAGAUUGGCGUUGAAGGUGGGAUGAAGAGAUGUGGUGGGCAAGGUGACAUCCUCAGUGGCGCUGUGGGCACGAUGUUGGCUUGGGCAAAGUGCUAUGAAGAUGGAGCUUUCGGAGACAGGAAACUUCCAAUAUCGCGUAUGCCUCUUCUAGCAGCUAUCGGCGGUAGUAUGGUCACUCGAACCGCAAGUCGCCGAGCGUAUUCGCGGCAAGGCCGGAGUGUCGUCACUGAGGAUAUGAUCUCAGAGGUCGGCCCUUCAUUCGCAGAGGUUUUCGGAGAAAGCAACCAAGGAAAGCUGUAGGAUUUGGAAUAUGACCAUUUUGUAUGAAUAUAUGUGCGUUAGGGAAAUAGCAUUACAAGUCUAGAUCUAGCUUCUCAGUCUACAGCUCACAUCGAUGACCAAGUACUUAGUGACAGCAGAAAAGUU